AGUUGUGGCCGUACAUAUGCCAUAUUAUUAAGCUUCUUUCUCUGAAAAGAACUUUUACGAGUAUAUAAAAACAAUAUGAGUGGCGUGUAUUUAGAGAUUUUUCCGUCACCCGAAGCUCACAGUUUCCCUUUGAGUGGCAAGAGUGCGGGGUUUUGAUCAGGCACGCGCCGCGGGCAGCUUCUACUUCUGCGGGUCUUCGGCGGCCGCGUGAGGACCCGAGAGUCACUGGAAGCGCAAGAUGGCGACCGCGGCUGCAACAUCGGCUUCGGAACCGGAGGCUGAGCCCAACGCUGGGCCCAAGGCCGAGGGAGAGGAGGAGGAGGUGAAGGCGGCUAGGACGCGGAGGAAGGUGUUAUCGCGGGCUGUGGCCGCUGCGACGUGCAAGACCAUGGGGCCAGGGUGGGACCAGCAGGAGGAGGGCAUGAGCGAGAGCGAUGGAGACGAGGAGUACGCCAUGGCUUCCUCGGCCGAGAGCUCCCCCGGGGAGUACGAGUGGGAGUACGACGAAGAGGAGGAGAAGAACCAGCUGGAGAUCGAGCGGCUGGAGGAGCAGCUGUCCAUCAACGUCUAUGACUACAACUGCCACGUGGACCUGAUCCGGCUGCUGCGGCUGGAAGGCGAGCUCGCCAGAGCGAGGACGGCCCGCCAGAAGAUGAGCGAGACCUUCCCUUUGACUGAAGAGCUCUGGCUGGAGUGGCUGCAUGACGAGAUCAGCAUGGCCAUGGACGGCCUAGACAGAGAGCACGUGUACGACCUUUUCGAGAAAGCCGUGAAGGAUUACAUUUGUCCUAACAUUUGGCUAGAGUAUGGCCAGUACUCGGUCGGUGGGAUCGGUCAGAAAGGUGGCCUUGAGAAAGUUCGCUCUGUGUUUGAGAGGGCUCUCUCAUCCGUCGGUUUACAUAUGACCAAAGGACUUGCCAUCUGGGAGGCUUAUCGGGAAUUUGAAAGUGCGAUUGUGGAAGCUGCCCGGCUUGAGAAAGUCCACAGUCUCUUCCGGCGACAGUUGGCGAUCCCACUCUAUGAUAUGGAGGCGACAUUCGCAGAGUACGAAGAGUGGUCAGAAGACCCGAUACCAGAGUCAGUAAUUCAGAACUAUAACAAGGCACUGCAGCAGCUGGAGAAAUACAAACCCUACGAGGAGGCGCUGUUGCAAGCAGAGGCACCCAGGUUGGCCGAGUAUCAAGCAUACAUCGAUUUUGAGAUGAAAAUUGGCGAUCCUGCUCGCAUUCAGUUGAUCUUUGAGCGCGCCCUGGUGGAGAACUGCCUUGUCCCAGACUUAUGGAUCCGUUACAGUCAGUACCUAGAUCGGCACCUGAAAGUGAAGGAUUUGGUUUUAUCUGUACAUAAUCGUGCUGUUAGAAACUGCCCCUGGACAGUUGCCCUGUGGAGUCGGUACCUCUUGGCCAUGGAGAGACAUGGGGUUGAUCACCGAGCCGUUUCUGUGACCUUCGAGAAAGCUUUGAGUGCUGGCUUCAUUCAGGCCACUGAUUAUGUGGAGAUUUGGCAGGCCUACCUUGAUUACCUGAGGAGGAGGGUUGAUUUCAAACAAGACUCCAGUAAGGAGCUGGAGGAGCUGAGGUCCGCGUUUGCACGCGCUCUGGAGCAUCUGAAGCAGGACGUAGAAGAGCGUUUCAACGAGAGUGGAGAUCCAAGCUGCAUGAUCAUGCAGAACUGGGCUAGGAUGGAGGCUCGACUGUGCAAUAAUAUGCAGAAAGCUCGAGAACUCUGGGAUAGCAUCAUGACCAAAGGAAACGCCAAGUAUGCCAACAUGUGGCUUGAGUAUUACAACCUGGAAAGGGCACACGGGGACACCCAGCACUGCAGGAAGGCUCUGCACCGGGCCGUCCAGUGCACCAGUGACUACCCAGAGCACGUCUGUGAAGUCCUGCUCACCAUGGAGAGGACAGAAGGUACUUUAGAAGAUUGGGAUAUAGCUGUUCAGAAAACUGAAACUCGAUUAGCUCGUGUUAAUGAGCAGAGAAUUAAGGCUGCGGAGAAGGAAGCAGCCCUUGCUCAGCAAGAAGAAGAAAAGGCUGAACAACGGAAGAAGGCCCGGGCCGAGAAGAAAGCGCUGAAAAAGAAGAAAAAGACCAGAGGUGCAGAUAAGCGCAAAGCAGAUGAGGACGAUGAGAAGGAGUGGGGCGAUGAUGAAGAAGAGCAGCCUUCCAAACGCAGAAGGGUUGGGAACAGCGUUCCUCCGGUCGGAGAAGCACUAGCCCUGGAAGCAGAAACAGGACUCUUCGGGAAGAGUGCGCCCGUGGACGUCGACUCCCCCUCAAAGCAGAAGGAGAGGGCGGCCGCCCUGAAGAGGGACGUGCCCAAGGUGCCUCACGACAGCAGCAAGGACAGCGUCACCGUCUUCGUCAGCAACCUGCCGUACAGCAUGGGGGAGCCGGCCGUGAAGCUGCGGCCGCUCUUUGAGGCCUGUGGGGAGGUGGUGGAGAUCCGCCCCAUCUUCAGCAACCGGGGCGAUUUCCGGGGCUACUGCUAUGUAGAGUUUAAAGAGGAGAAGUCGGCCCAGCAGGCCCUGGAGCUGGACCGGAAGAACGUGGAAGGGAGGCCAAUGUUUGUUUCCCCCUGUGUGGAUAAGAGCAAAAAUCCCGAUUUUAAGGUGUUCAGGUACAGCACUGCCCUGGAGAAACACAAGCUGUUUGUCUCGGGUCUGCCGUUUUCCUGCACGAAAGAGGAACUAGAGGAGAUCUGUAAGGCUCACGGCACCGUGAAGGACAUCAGGCUGGUGACCACCCGGGCCGGCAAACCAAAGGGCCUGGCCUACGUGGAGUACGAGAAUGAAUCCCAGGCGUCGCAGGCUGUAAUGAAGAUGGACGGCAUGACUGUCAAGGAGAACGUCAUCAAAGUGGCCAUCAGUAAUCCUCCUCAGAGGAAGGUUCCAGAGAAGCCAGAGGCAAGGAAAACACCGGGUGGCCCCCUGAUGCCACGGCAGAUAUAUGGAGCGCGGGGGAAGGGAAGGACCCAGCUGUCUCUGCUGCCACGCGCCCUGCAGCGCACGAGCGCUCUGGUUGCUCAGGCCGAGAACGGCCCUGCCCCGCAGCCAGCAGUACCCCCCUCGGCGGCCACCGAGGCACCCAAGAUGUCCAAUGCCGAUUUUGCCAAGCUGCUUCUGAGAAAGUGAACGGGACUCUCGGAGAAGGGAAAUGCCUUACUUCAUGCUGGCCGGAAGACCACCACGCACCCAGCUGUACCUGGGCAUGGAAGGGCCUGGGCAGCGCCCACUCCCACGUCUUCUCCUCUGGUUUAGACAGAAAGGGAAGGGGGGUCCAAGGAAAGGCUUCAAGUGCUCCCUCAUAUUGAGGGCAAUGGGAGGAAGAUGGUCACUCCACAGGUUGGGCACAGAGUAGUUUCUAAGAUAUUUUUGUGUCUUCAAGAGCGAGAAACAGAAGUGAAACUCGAGCACACCAUUUUGAGACACACUUGUCCAGAUGCUUUUGGCCCACUCUGGCCCCUUUUUAUAAGACACUUCUCUUACACCCUGCACAGCACAUGUGCCCGGCACUCUUAAUUUUUACAAGACAAAAUGGCAGAUGCUAGUAAUGCACCAGAAUGGCCUAUUUUAGUAAACGGGUGGGGUUAGGGAAGUCACCUAAAAAACAUUUGAUGGAUUUUUGUUCGAGGGGGCUGUGCGUUUUUAUAUUAUGUAUUUGUAAAUGACAUGUCAACCCAUUGUUUUAUGUUUCCUAAAAGCAAAAUAUUUGUGACACUUGUUUUAUAGGAAUUCUGUGUGCCACCUGCCGUGGACUAUUUUCUUUGCCUAGUGACGAGUGAACUUGUCCUUUGUCUAAAUAUUGAGUUUCAGCCCUUUGGUUUUGUUUGAAUACCAUGUCAAGUGCAAACUUAAAUUCUCCCCAUUUAGCUUUGUUUAUUAAACUGAAGUUCUCUUAAAAGCUUCUUGCCGGAUGGUACUCAGAUGUGCAUUCAAAUAUGGAUGUAUUUUGAAAUGGGUGUACCUUGCUUUAUCUAAUAGAUGUGUAAAUAGAACUUUUGUAAAUCAAA